GAUUAUGUGCGAAUUCAGAGCAUUGUAUUGACACUUGAACCUCGUACUUUACGCAUGCUGCGCGUUUAAUGCGUGUAAAAUUUGCCAUACCUCUUGGAAGAUUUGGCCCAGAUAGCAUUUGUGAUAUCGAAUCCGUGAAACCACUGACGUGAACGCACGGCAUUCGCUGUAUUUAUCAAGAUGUCUUUGCUGACAACGUAUGAGAUAUAAGGGGCAAGUAAUAUCUGAGCGCAGAUAGUGUUGCGCCAGACAGGCCUGUGAUACGUGCGUGAAGAAAAUCAAAGCGCGAUCAAAGAGAAAUUAUUAUCACAAUGAGGUUGUGGAUAUUGUUAACUGCACUUUUAUUAGUUGCAAUACUCGUGACGGAAACCUCUGCAAAGAAAUCGAGAAAAGAUGUGGAAUCAAAAGAUGGUGGUGAAAGAGAAAAGAAGGUCAAUGCAGAACACCGUACAAAAGAUAAACAGUCAAAGAAGAAAGACAAAUAUGUAAAAGAGCAGCAAAAGAGAAAAAGUAGUUCAUCAGAACAAAAUAUCGAAGAUCCUUCCGAUAAAAACUCAGAAGUGAAAAAUUCUUACAAGUCGGAACAGAAAUCGAAAAACAAGCGGAACAAACGUGAAAAUGCUGAAAUGACAAAUGAAAAGGAGAAUACAAAUACUGAAAAACAAUCGAAGUACUCGAAAGAUAAGAUAAAGACGGAAAUGCCAAAUAAAAAAGAUAAAACUGCUAAAGAACAAUCGAAUGAAGCUUCUCAAAAUUCUGAGAUUCGUCAAAAAUCGAAGAAAGGCUCGAAGGAAGAGAAAAAUAAGAAGAAAUCGACAAAUAGCGAGGAGGUAGAAAAUGUAGAGACAAAUGCAAAUGCUGAUGUUCAAAAUAAGAAGAAGACCAAACGCUCUAAAUCGGAAAAUUCUGAAAACGUUAAGGAAGUUGUUGAUAAAAACGCAAAGAAAACUAAAUACGAUAAGAAAAAGAAGAAGGAAGAGGUGUCGGAGAACACAAAGACCAAAGCAGACGAAAAAGAAGCCGAUACAACAUCUGCAGAUUCUGAGCAAGAAGAAGCUGUGGACAAGACAAAUAAAUAUAAACAGAAAUCUCAGGAGUCGUCAAAGAAAAGUAAGAAAACUAAGAAGAAGCGUGAGGUAGUGCAGCAAGAAGAGGAAGCUCAGGAAGAACAAGUAGAAACAAAAUCAAUCGAAGAGGAAGAAGAUGCAAUUGAAACAAAUGAGAUCGAAUCUGAAGAAAAUUGCUCGGCUCAAACAAAUGACGAAGAGUGUGCGGCGUCGGAAUAAUAAUAACGUUUCAAUAUAUUGAUAAAAUAAUAAGAGCGGUUAAAAGAUAUAUUUACGUUAAUACUAAAUUACAAAGAUUUUAAACAACGAUGCACUUUAUAUUAGACAAAUUUAUUUAUUUUAUCUAUCUAUAGUAAAUAUGUAAAUUUUAGAAUAUCGGCCUCUAAAUUUCACAUUUAAAAACGUUA